ACUUCGCAAUGAAGCGAUCAAUAGUUAAAAUUUUCAUUGUUAAAACAUUUCGUUGUAAACGCAAUUUAUUUUGCACGCAUGAUGUAAUGUUGGAGAAAUGAAUUUCACUUUUUUAUGUUUAGUCAUUGGUCAGUGUCUAUUGUUAGAAGUUCAAGCGCGUUACAACACGGAAGUUAAAUGUUUUAUCGAAAAGGACAACUCAAUAUAUUGCCAAAAGGUUAUCAGUUCUAGCCGUAGAAGAAUUAUUGACGACAACAUUCCAUCGCACGAACCAUAUUUGCCGACUGCAAGAAAUAGUGUAUUUUACAACUGUUCAUCAUCGGAAUGCAGAGACGUUAAAAUAUACUCCUUCAUUCAAAUAGUUUCACCACGAUCAACACUCAAGUAUUGCUUUCUACAGAUAUCUAAAAUAUAUCAAUGCGAACCUGUCAAAUAUAAUAAUUAUAAAAAUAUUGAUAAGUUGCUGUUCUUGUCCAACAACAUUCCGAAUAAAAUAUUCUAUUUGAUCGAUUGCUUAGCGUACUCAGACGGUGGGCGGGUUUGCCAUAAGAAGGACAAUGUUGAUUCACACACCAAAUUGGUAGACUUUGGGAACGUAGCGAGGCCGAACGAGUCCAAUAUAUUGUCGCAGGAGGAAUUUAUAUGUGAACAGGGUGAAGACACGAUCAAUUGUGAUCACGAUCUCUAUGUACCGUACUCUGAUGGUCUUAAAAAGAAAGAGUUAGUCGAAGGAGAUAGUAAAAUACUUUUAAAAACAGAAACUAAUGCUGUAACGUUAAACUAUAACUGUGUUCAAUCGUGGUGUGGAUAUAGCGGUAGAUUACACCCAACACGUAGAGCACUAAGUUAUGAACCACCCGGUGGCAAGGUAUACCGAUGUUAUUAUGCCAAUCAACAACAGAUAUGCAAGGAAAAGUAUGGAAGCAAUCUGAAUAUUUAUAAUCAACGUGAUUGGUUGAGCUCUUAAUAAAUAUCGAUUAUAUAAUA